AUGUCGGUGUACUCGGUCUCGUCGUCGUCCGGGGCUUCGACCUCGGGUUCGUCGUCGUACGCGUCGGACCAGUCCCAGUCCCAAUCGCACUCGCAUCAGCCGUCGCAAAUGCUUUCGAUCCUUCAACCGCUCGGCUACACCAAGGGCACGUGCGGCUACUGUCAAGGCCAGAACCUCUCCGGAGCAUCAUCCGACUCGACCAAGCCCCCGAAGAAGACGAGUUCGAGCUACGGGUCAGUCUCGGGCCACUGCUCCUGUGUGCUCUCCUCCUCCGUGCUCCGUGCUCCGCCCCCACGCGACUCCCCGCGUCUCGUGCCAUAGCGUCGUCCAUCAGCGCUUCAGCCGGUGCACCGCUCCACUUCUACUGCCACGACCGCCGGAAUCCUUAACUCCGCAGCGCCCUUGCCUCGCCUGCGCGCUGUAUCCUUCAAUUGCCUAUCUCGACUAGCGACCGGAAACAGGGGGAUGGAGCGGAUACAGCCGCAGAAACACGUGCUGACCUCCCUCUCGUGUGCCCAGAUGCUGGGCCCAUCUGCUCAGCUGCUCGACCUACAAGCUCAUGCUCGAUCGCGGGUGGAGGAGGUCGGGCAAGUACUGCUACAAGCCCGACAUGCGCAGCACCUGUUGUCCCCAAUACACGAUAUCGUCAGUUCCCAGCGUCUAGUGCUGUGCGCGUGUGACCUUGCAACUGACACCCCCCCGAUUACGAUCCGCGAUUGCCGUAGGCUCGACGCGGCGGCGUUCGUUCCGGCAAAGAGUCAACGUCAAGUCUUGAACAGGUUCGCGGCCUUUGUCAUCGACGGCGAUCACGAGGGUAAACCGGGCUGGGGACCUGUCGAUCCGUCCACGACACCCUACGCCGAUCCAAAUCUCGAUCCUUCCUCUUCCUCUGUGUCCCCACCUCCGACGGCAGUGUUGUCGACCUCGCCGCCGAUGAACAAGAACGUCGCGACCAAAGCCGAUUCGUUGCUAACCACGGCCAAUGCGGUCACAUUCGAUCCGCCCAUCGAGCCACCUACGAUCAGCGACGAAGACCAAGACCUCCCUGCUCCAACUUGGUCGAAACAUGAUGCGCAACGCAAGGGCAACGCCAAGGCCGAUGCGACCAUGGCGGAACCCGGCCCGAGCGACCAGUCAAGAGCGAAACUCGCUGGCCCUACCAAGGGGGGCAGGCGCAAGGCCCCGACCGACCUUAGCGAGAUGGUGCAUCAACUCGAGUGGGCCAACAGUCCUGUGGACAAACCUUUCAAGCACAAGUUCGAGGUCAGUCUUGCGUUAAUUCGUCUGUUCUCUCGGAAGGGCCGAGCUGAUCGACCGCACUGUGACCCCCUAUAGUACGUUCUUGAGGAGGCCUCGUUCACCGAGGAGAAAUAUGCGCUCUUUCAACGGUAUCAGGUACGUCUAGAAUACUCAAGGCGAGGCAGCGCUCGUGGACUCAUUCAUGAGGAUGACCUCACAGACCCAAGUCCACCACGAACCGGACUCCAAAGUGACCCGCAAAGGCUUCCGCCGCUUCCUCGUUGACACGCCCUUGCAUCUCGAGCCGACUCCGAACCCCUCUUACAAUUACGGCUCCCACCACGGUCUCUACCGCCUCGACGGUCAACUGAUCGCUUUAGCCGUGAUCGACAUCCUCCCCGGUGCCGUCUCGUCGGUCUACUUUGCCUGGGAUCCCCAAUACUCGAGUCUGUCCCUAGGCAAGGUCUCGGCCCUACGCGAGGUCGCCUUCGUGCGCGAACUGCAAUCCCAAGGCGGACUAGAGGAUCUAACGCGGUACAUGAUGGGUUAUUACAUCCAUUCGUGCGUCAAGAUGAAGUACAAGGCCGAUUACCAACCGAGUUGGUUGUUGGAUCCGAUGACGAACGACUGGUUCGCUUGGGACGCGUGUAAGAAGGUUUUGGAUCGGUGCGAGAGGGCCUCGUUCUCGGAGGCGGGUCCGUUGGUGCCGCAGUCGGCGUCGAAUACGGCUUCUCAGGUCGGGACUUCCGGUCCUUCUACACCGGGAAACGGUGGUGCGCAGCAGAUGGACGUCGAUGAGGUGGAGGUGGAGGUGCAAAAGGAGGAGGAGGAAGAGGAUACGUUUGUUUACCCUACCCCUUCGCCGCCUGGUUGCCUCGACCCUUCAAGUUUGCCCAAACAACUUUUGUUGGACUCCAUCGUAUUGGAGGGGAGGACCGUCGUCCCCCUGUUGGUGAGUUGCGAACGUGGUCGAGUGCCGCGCUCUUUCCUACGCGCAUCGUCGCUAACCCCGCUCAAACGCCUCCUUUCAUCACAUAGUUCUCUGCUGCAUGGCAUGAACCUACAACGCAGCGCGAAGUCAAAGAGUUGCUGGCGACGACGGGCGAACCCUUGGUCGGCAAGAUCGCUAUUUAUACCACCGGGUGA